UGCCAACUAAGAUGCACUGCACGUCGCUCUAGAUUUUUUAUUAUUCCAUACUUACCCCUUUGUUUGUGACAAUAACAUAAAUGCCACACGAUUUAUUGUUAAUCAUUAUUAAUUAAGCUUCGCCAAUCGUGAUCAUUUUCUGACGCUCCUCGACUAUAUCGCUUGAUUAAUCCAACUAGGGUUCUAAAUUAGUUAUUGUCAUACCCUUUUUGCUCUUGAUUUUUGUUUUAUUCAGGAAGUUGGAUGUCCGAUCCUACUCUGUAUCUGGAUUUCUUAUCCUCUGUAAUUGUUUUCGAACUUGUCUAAGGUGAUCUGGAUUCUAUUUUGGUAGAGGGACAUGGGAAGUCCGGAGAAGAAUCAGGUCAAGGGAGGGUUCUUCGCGGCCAUGACAUCGGGGCUGUCGAUGUUCAGCAACGCCAUGCAUAGAUCUGUCAACGGAUUGCUUGGCUAUGAAGGAGUGGAAGUUAUAAAUCCUGAAGGAGGAAAAGAAGAUGCUGAAGAGGAAGCUCAGAGAGGAAGAUGGAAGCAGGAGGAACGAGAUAGUUACUGGAAAAUGAUGCAAAAAUAUAUUGGUUCUGAUGUCACAUCAAUGGUCACGCUCCCUGUCCUCAUAUUUGAGCCGAUGACCAUGCUUCAGAAAAUGGCAGAGUUGAUGGAAUAUGCACAUCUUCUUGAUGAAGCAGAUAAAUGUGAAGAUCCUUACAUGCGAAUGGUGUAUGCAUCAUCAUGGGCAGUGUCGGUUUAUUUUGCGUACCAGCGUACUUGGAAGCCUUUUAACCCCAUUCUCGGUGAGACGUAUGAAAUGGUUAACCAUGAUGGUGUUACAUUCAUAUCGGAGCAGGUUAGCCAUCAUCCUCCAAUGAGUGCUGGUCAUGCUGAAAAUGAGCAUUUCGCAUAUGAUGUCACAUCUAAGCUGAGAACUAAGUUUCUCGGAAACUCAUUGGAUGUCUAUCCUGUUGGAAGAACGCGUGUGACUCUUAAAAAAGAUGGUGUUGCCUUGGAUUUGGUUCCCCCUCCUACCAAAGUUAACAAUCUAAUAUUUGGACGAACUUGGGUGGAUUCUCCUGGAGAAAUGGUCAUGACAAAUUUAACCACAGGAGACAAAGUGGUUCUCUAUUUCCAUCCUUGUGGUUGGUUUGGGGCUAAUAGAUAUGAGGUAGAUGGAUAUGUCUAUAAUGCUGAUGAGGAGCCUAAAAUACUGAUGACUGGAAAAUGGAAUGAGUGCAUGAGUUAUCAACCAUGUGAUUUGGAAGGGGAACCUCUUUCUGGAACGGAACUGAAAGAGGUUUGGCAUGUUGCCAGUCCUCCGCCGAAUGAUAAAUUUCAGUUCACCUACUUUGCACACAAAUUGAACAGCUUUGACACUGCACCCAAGAAACUAUUGCCUUCUGAUUCACGCUUACGCCCUGACAGAUGGGCACUUGAGAAAGGUGACCUGUCUAAGGCUGGCGCUGCAAAAAGCAGAUGGAGCCUCCACAUCCUCUUUUCCACCACCUAGAGUGGUUAAUGGUGCGACUGCUUUCCCUUGUGAUGAAGAUGAAGAACAAGAGUGCUGGGAGAUUGUUUAGUGCUGUUGGGAGUUUGUUCAGCUUGGAGGAGAGACAGAGAGCUGAAAAGAGAAACCGAGAAGCAAAAGGUGAUCAGUUCACCCCAAAGUGGUUUGAUCAAACGGAGGAAGUUGCGUCCACACCAUGGGGUGACUUGGAAAUAUUCCGUUACAAUGGGAAGUACUCAGAUCAUAGGUCUGCCGUUGACUCUUCAGAUGCCAUUGACACAAGUGAUGUCCAGUCAAUAGAGUUUAAUCCAUGGCAGUAUGCUGAGCUGUCUGAUAUUACAGAACUGAAGAUAAGUGGUAGUUUUGACAAUGGCAAACACAUGUUGCAUCACGAAGGGUACAUGCAAACUAAGGGAGGAUUCGCUUUUGGAUCCUGA